AUGCGGGGACGGGAAAAAGCCCCCACCCAGAGUCACGGACCCCCUCGUCCGAGGGUCCGCGCAGUCCCCUCGGUGAGUCUGGCGAAGCAGUCUCGCUGGGAGGGAGGGCGGGGAGGGCGGCGGAGUCUCCCACUCGCGGUGACCCGGUCCCCGCCCCACGAGUGAGUCCUCGCAGGGCCCCCUCUGCCGCACGCGGGGACCAACCACGCCGCGGGGGGACCGGGCAGAAGCCAGCGCCCAGGUCCAUGCAGUCCCCUCCGCGCAGACGGGAGGAGCCGGGGAGCAGUGGGGACCGGCCCCCACCCGCAGGGCGACCAGGACCGCGCGGGCCCACGCGGUAUUGCAGCAGGUGCGAAGCCCCCGGUGCCACCCGAGGCCGAGACAAAGCCCAGGCGCACGACCCCGGAUCCCGACCCCGGAACCUGCGGGGCCCAGCUCGGAGCCGCCACGCCCGGGGCAGAGACCCCCGCCCGGUCCGGAGACCCCGUCGCCCGUCGCGCCGUCUCACCUCAGGCCGCCGCCUCGCAGUGCUCGUUCCUCGCCGCGGCGCCUGGGCCGACUGGAGCGCAGCUGAGCAGCCGACAGAGCCGCAGCAGCCUCAACAAUGGAGCCCCGGGGCGGGGCCGCAGCCGCCGCUUCAGCCCGUGUUCCCCGCUCAGGAUCCGGCUCGGAUCACUGAGCUGCAGCCGGCGCGCGGCUGCGACCGGGACACACACCGCGCAGGCGCACACGGCCCCGCCCGCCGCCUGCCGCCCCGCCCCCAGCGGAGCCAGGCGCCCAGGGCCCGCCCCCCGGCCAAUGGGGAGCGAGCUGCGCGGAGAGGGCGGGGCCUGGGGGAACAAAGGGAGGUUGGGCGGGGCGGCGUUGGAACUGGGCGUGCGGGGUCCCGCGGGAGGACGGUACCCAUGA